AUGCUCUUUUAUCGACUUAUUGCGGUCGCGGUGGUUGCAUCUGAUUUGGUCAGUGCACUUACGAACCUGGGCCCAGUCAAAGGUCUGAACCGACGACAGGCAAAGUCUACACAAUGUGUGGUACCUGCCAACGGUGACGGAUCCGAUGACACACCCGCCAUCCUGGCCGCAUUCGACAAGUGCAAGACUGACGAACACAUUGUCUUUGAGAACGCCACGUACCACAUUGGUCAGGUCAUGAAGACUACUGAUCUCAACAACGUCAAGAUCGAUAUUAAAGGGACCCUCUUGUGGAGCAAGAACACGACGUAUUGGCUAGAGAAUUCUCUCCCCAUUGGCUACCAAAACCAGACGACCGCCUGGGUUCUCGGUGGAAAGCAUCUCGACGUCAACGGCUUUGGCUAUGGCACAUUCGAUGGUAACGGUCAAACUUGGUAUGACUUGGUCAAGGGAGAGUCGAACUAUCCUAACAGGCCUCAUGCGCUCUUGCUUGACGGAGCAGAAGAUUCCGUCUUUGAGGGUCUCCGGUUUGUCCAAGCUCAAAUGUGGACAGUCACAAUCACGAGGUCCAAACGCGUUCUCCUACAAGACAUCUACGUCAACAACACAAGCUCCAACAGAAACCCUGCUCGUAAUACCGACGGUGCUAAUACUAUGUUCUCGGACAACAUCCAUUUUCGUCGCUGGACAGUUAAGAAUGGCGAUGACUGCAUUGCCACCAAGGCCAACUCGACAAACAUUCUGAUCGAAGACGUUGAAUUCCACGAUGGCCAGGGCGUGGCAAUUGGCAGCAUUGGGCAGUAUGCAGGCCAGUUUGAGACCAUCGAGAAUGUGACGGUGAGGAACGUCUUGGCCCAUGGAUCUCGUUAUGCUGGUCGCAUCAAGACGUGGACUGGUGAGCAGCGCUCCCCGCAAAGCAAGUAA